AAGAAGACAGGCUCGUUCAAGCUGCCCGUCCGCUUGGUUUCCGACUUGAACAAGCGAAGGCGACGACUUCCCGCUUCUCGCCAAGAUGCUACCGUCGCGCAUCAACUACCGCGGACAGCGUGGUAGGCCCAUGUCAUCGGUGCUGGUGACCACGUGGCUGCUCUGCUGGUCCUUCCACGGGUCCGAGCAGUCUAGAAGACACCUGCGCCGGUUCGUCGCGGGUCGCUCCCUGACGCCAUUGGGAUGGGGCGAGUACUGCGACGGCACCAGGUGGGCUUACAAGACACCGCAGUGCGGAAACGCGACAAAGGCGGACACCGUUGAUACGAAAAACGAGGCGGGCUGGCCGGCCUUCGAGAGUGCGUGCGGCAGCCCAAGCCAGUCGCCAAUCAACAUCAACUUCUUGCAGACGAGCUUCAAGAGCUUCGGGCCCAUCUCCUUCCUCGGCUACAACGUGCCCUUCCGCUUCGCUAUCGAGAACGGAGGACACGCGCUGUACAUCACGCCACUGUACGCCCACCUCGAGUCCUACGGCGGACCGCUGCCCGCGCGCUACAACCUGUCCAAGGGCAUCUUUCAUUUCGGCAACGAGACCAGCCCGCGGGGCUCUGAGCACACCAUCGACGACCGAAACUUCGCCGCCGAGCUCCAACUCCUGGUGUCCUCAGAGAAGCCCACGCCCACUGAAUGCAUCCGGCGGGGACAGGGGCUGGCCAUUUUCGUCAUACUGUUUGAGAAGCAGGAGCAAAACAACCCGUUUCUGGACACGCUCGUCAACGCCUCGGAGCACAUGACGUUCCGCGGCAACAAGACAGAGGUGAUGAUGCCCCUGGCCUACCUGCUGCCCAACACGACGCAACACUACUACAUCUAUCUGGGCUCGCUCAGCUUCCCGCCGUGCACCAGCGACGCCUUCGUCGUGGUCUUCAGGAGUACCGUGGCCAUCGGGGAGCAGCAGGCGAGCGUCUAUUUCACUUUUUGUGGUGCUGCGUGUACUGGAGGAGGGCAUCGUAAUCUUUAUUACGAUGAGGAUCAGUUGAUGAAGCGUUAUCCUAGAUCUCUGUCAAGACUGAGGAACAACCUGUACACCUACACAGGCGGCUGCAAGUACAGGAUCGCGGGAAACCUGCGCCAGCUGCAGCCUUUGGGGAACCGCGUCGUCUAUCGCUCGUUCAAAUUCACCCCUUUCGCGACCAGAUCGACGGCAUCAUCGGCGAGGCCACUGAUAAUUGUAGUGGCGGUGGCAUCCGCACCGUUCACCAUUGGCCUCGGCCUGGUAUAG